AUGGUUGAAAACGACAUCUGGUUCCAAAACCGACGCUCUAAGUUCAAGCGUCAGGCGAAGGGAAGUCACGUGAACUGGAUGCGACAACAGUUGUACCGCCAGGGGUCGCAGUCAUCACGUGAUAUAAACAACCAAUCGGACAAGUGUCACGUGUUGUCUCCACCUGUCAACAACAACGCCAUACCAGAGGCGCCCAAAUCAAAUCUAAGCUAUUACGGGAUGAACUACCCUGCGGCUGUGCCUGGCUGUGACCCCAGCUACUUCACGACGUCACCUGUGUUCCAUCAGAUGACUACCCCCUACCCAUCGUCCAGUGAGAGGAUCGCUGCUCCAGAUUAUACCCACAGUCCUUUGCUACUUCCGCAUAUGAACGAGAUCUCGUAUCCCCAGAUGGUAUCUUUCCCCCAGCAGAACCCUUCAUAUCCCCAGCAGAGCCCAACGUACACAAGUCCCUCAACCUCCCCAAGUGAACACGACCACAGUUACCUCCCCUCCUACACUUUCCCUGGGACCCAGCUCGCCUUUACCCCCAUUGCAUAA